UAUUUAAUAUUUUACAAAUUAUAUACUCAUGGUAGCAAUAUGGUAAUUCAUUGAAUAUGAGAUAGAGAUUCAAAAUAAGUGAUAAACUUUAUAUGAUGGCGAAUCAAAAGAAAAAGUUUAAAGGUUUCCAAAUUUAGUACCUUUAAUCUGUUUAAUCUUAACCCAAUCAAUCAAUGAUAUUAUCACUGGGAACAUAAUUAUGAUAGGAGUAACUAAAUUAUAUUAAUAUAGUAAAGCUGCAUAAGAAAUAUCCCUUUUCUUAAUUAGAAUAUUAAUUAUAGAUAAAUAUGUCUAUAAUUAUAUUCAUAGACAGACCUAUUUCAAUUUCUAUUAGAUUCUUCAUUAACAUUUGAAUUCAAUCAAUCUUUCUCAAAUAGAAGAGUGAUUUCAGUUCAGAAAUUGCAAUAAUUUUCAAAGACUAAGUUGAAAAUGGUUAGACAUAAAAAUAAGAAAUAAAGUUAUUUAGAAAUUGAAGUGACUAGAGAAUACUGAUUGAUAAUUCACAUAAGAGAGAUACCAC